GAAGCCAACAAAUUAUACGAAAGAAGACUUCUAAUUUCGACCAUAAUUAUUUAUAUAGGACAUUAACGUCACGUGUUAUGCAUUAUACACCAAUCUGGUCAACGUUAUUACGGAGUGGAGAAAGAAAAAAACAAAGCCGCGUCUGUUGUCAAUAUAUAAAGUAUAGCACCUAGAAACACUUUCUUCUCAUAAACCUUUUUGGACAAAUACAACAAAACAUAUCUCUCGAUUUGUGUUUAAAAUCUUGUCUUUAUCAGGAAAUAUUUUAUUUUUACUACAUCGGUCUUUCUCAAUUCGGACAUGGAUGAAGACUUCUUCUUAACCGACUUCUCACUCGAAGACAUUGAUUUCGACUUUAAUAUUUAUGAAGAAACUAAUGUAUCGCCUGUGGAAGCGAGCAUACAUACAGAAAGAGCUCAGUUUAUUGAGCAUCAAGUUCCUCUUAAUUACCUCAAUGAGAAGCCGAAGCCUGUGGUGAAGAUCAAUAACAAGCCACGACUGAUUUCUUUUGAUUUUUCGAGUAAUGUUUCUUCUUCUCCAGCUAGGGAAGAUAUCAUUACGGAUCAAUUGGUCACACGUGGAACCAAAAGAAAAUCAUGUUCUCCUGCCAAAAGAUCUCCAGUUUUCGCCAAAGAACAUGUUAUAGCCGAGAGAAAGCGUCGUGAGAAGCUUUCCGAAAAAUUCAUUGCCCUCUCAGCACUUCUUCCUGGUCUUAAGAAGGCGGACAAGAUUACGGUUCUUGACGACGCAAUUUCACGUUUGAAACAACUCCAAGAACAAAUAAGAAAGCUCAAGGAAGAGAAAGAAGCAACAAGACAUAUGGAAUCCAUGAUUCUUGUGAAUAAAUCUAAAGUGUUUUUGGACGAAGGAACUUUCCUAUCAUCUUCUUCUUCUUCUUCAGAUCAUGAACAGUUUGAUCAACCGUUGCCAGAAAUAGAGGCUAAAGUAGCCCAAAACGAAGUUCUAAUCCGAAUCCACUGCGAGAAGAGCAAAGGGAGCAUGAUUGACAUACUAAACACGAUCGAGAAUUUUCAACUGCGUGUCGAAAAUAGUAUUGUAUUGCCAUUCGGGGAAUCGAUUCUUGACAUCACCAUCCUUGCACAGGUCAACCUUAUCCCAUUCUUCGUAAUUAUAGAACAGAUCGACACACAUGGGAUAUCUCUAUUAAAUACGUAUCAUCAGUCUCCUCUGGUAUCGGUAAAGGCAAACCAAGAAUCACGUGUACAAUAUAAGACGUGCACAAUCCUCUACCUGUUUUGUUUGCCAUUUGAACUUAAGUUUACUUUGCGUGUAAAAGUCGUCCAAAGGAAAUGGCAAACGAAGACAUGUCUUGUUGGGAUCAUGUGUAUUAUAUACUACAACGCUCUCGGUUUCUUGGACAAACCUAUUUAUAUGCUUAAAUUAAUCUUAACAAGACUUUACAAUUUUAGAGGUGCAAUGUAUUAUUUAGGGAUCAUACUCGCAUAGACUCAUAUUAUUCAAUAGACUUUUUGUUUCGAGUGAAAGUAGACAAGUAAAUAUUACUAAAUAAAAUGGUCUGUAAACAAUUAGGAAAGGCACUGGAUUCAAAAAAAACUCACCUGUAAAUCAGAAUUUUGCAGAUCAACAAUUGCCAAAAGUGUAUGAAAAAUAAUUCUAGAACUCAAAUCACAUCGAUCAACUCUCGUUGUAGAGAUAAUCUAUGUUUAGACCAUACAGUUCCAAAUCUAAGGUGUAUCAUAUCAUUUCCAAUCCCGUUGAGUGAUCCUUUCUAAGGCGUAUCACAUUCAGUGCUUGAAGACUGCAGUCCUGUAGCCUUACAACAAAAGGCUAAUCAAACCUCCUCAUGUCGGGGCUAUGAGAGAUCGUCUUCCCCCUUCCCUCUCUACUGCGUUCUUUAUUUCAAUCCUUACACGAGAUUUCAUCAAGCGCACAUACUAAGACCAGUUUCCUUCCUUUUGGAGAGAUCACUUUCGAUACUUUCCUCCAUUUUAGGGAGAAGAAUUCCAUCAACCUUCUCGUUAGAGAAAGUCUUUCAACGCUCAGCUGUACAAGCAUCACGAGCUACACGUUUUCUUCAUUCGCCUAUAUUAGCAGAAGAUCAGAUCAACUUGCAGUCGAUCAGCUUAGAAGCCCUUUUGAAGAAGCUUCCUUAUCUACGAUUCAAACCGUUUAACCUAUCCUUUUAAUGUUUUAAUAUUUGUUUAUGUAACAAGUGAGUUUCACUCUCUAGCAAUGAGCCUUCUACUUGUCAUCAUCAGUUAAGUUUAAUAUAAUCUUUUGUUUUACAAAAAAGAAACAAAUGAUUUCUUGAAAAUCUCUGAGAUAACCACUCUGGGUUCGUGGAUGUGGAGAAACUCUUAAAAGUCUGCACCUUGGCUGCAUGUUUCAUUAAAAUCUAAGUAUAUGUACGUUAUAUGUCAAAAAAUUUAAAAGCUUGAUACAAAAUUUUAAUAUU